AUGGGAUGCAUCUGUCAUCUGGUCCAGCUGGCCACAGGAUGUGGCAUUAGGGCUCUACACCAGCCUAUUGAAGAAAUCCUCAGCAGCAUAUAUGCUCACUUUGACAUAAGGUGGCUCAGCUUGCUGACUUGCAUAAAACGGGUGCUCAGCCAGUGGGAUGCACUGCAGGCAUAUUUUGCUAGUCAUGAGGAUGUGGAGAAGCCUGGCAAAGUGAAGAUGCUGGCAGAGCAUUUAACCAGCAAGAAGACAAAGUUCUUCUUCCUCUUCCUCUCCCAGGUUCUGAAACCACUGGCAGAGCUGAAGGAGUUCAUGAUCCAUAGGCUGCACCAGGAGAUGACCAGCUUGGUGAGAAGUUUCAUGGGAAGAUUUCUCCCUGCCAGCCUUAUUGCUGACGUCCCACUGAAGGACAUCAAGUUCAAGGAGGCCAGCCUACAGUUUCCAGACAAAGAACUCUUUCUUGGAGCAGCUGCACAAACCUUCUUGGAGGACAACAUGGAUGAACUUUCCUCUUCUGUGCCAAUGAUGAUAAAAGCAGUGAGAGACUUCUUUGUAGCUGUGACCACAAAGAUGAUGACUGCAUUCCCCCUCGACAACAUCAUCCUCCAAAACCUGACCGUGUUGAACCAAGAGUCACGACAUCAAUUUUCCCCAAAUUCAGGUGCUGCUCAUAGCUACACUCCUUCAAAGGCUGUGCUACUGGCUGCGAAGCAUUGCACCUUCAAAUACAACCAUCAGUAGAGGAGUGUUGUUGUUAUUGUACAUAAUAUGUAUGUAUAAAUUAUGUACAAAUAAAUGAAUUAUAUUCUUCCU